AUGCUAAAGGCUCUAUACGACUUUACUGCCGUGUAUCCGAAAACGAUCAGCUUCGACGAGGGCGAGUACUUCAUUCUGCACCAGACGAGCGCCCGCCAGCGAAACUGGUGGCAGGUGGUAAGCAUGAAGGGUAACGUUGGCUUCGUACCAUCAAAUUACGUGAUGAAACUGAAGGUGAAUCCAAACUUUGUGAACGGGUUUCUCGAAUCGAGCAUCGAAUCAUUACGACUGUCGACUGAGAAGGAAAUUAACGGCAUUAUCGGGCGCGAUGAACUCAUUGGCCGGCUGGUGGAGAAGAAGCGAAAGUUGGAGAAAAUUUUGAAGUAUGAACCUUCCGAUAGCGAAUCCGAACCACCCUCACCGCUGAAGUUGGCUAAUGGGCACAUCAAGCAGCUAGAGCGGCAGGAUGAGAUGCAUUUGGCCGAUGCGCCUUUGCAUAUUAAUUCCGGUCCACGCUACUCGCCACCGCCUAUGACCACGGGAACAAUGACAGAAAAGUCCAAAUCGAGCCCUGCGAUCGGUGUGCAGAACGCUCAAGCCCAACUGCCGCAAUUUGUUUCGGAAAGCCCGAGUAUGGGCAUACUGGUGACUAAAGUAGUACAGUCGGAAGACCCAGGUACUUCGACCAGUGCACCGGAAGCCGUCAACAGUAACACCUUGUCAUCGGAGGUAUCAUCGGAGGCAGAAGCAACCAGCCACGAUACUGUUACGACGGCGACGCUCACGACGAGCGACGAAAUUACUGCAAUAUCACGCGUUGGAGAGGACGGCGAAGAAGACGCAGUGACGCGUGACGAGUCGGCUGCGGAGGCAGGACCGGAAACCGGCAACCACACCGACCACGAGCUAGAACUGGAAACUACCAACAACGACGAUGUUACCGUGAGCGAGAAUGAUUCACAUCCAAGGCCGGGUUCGGGCCCACUAGUAAAGGUGCAAGAAGGUUUGGAAACUAUGCCAUCGCAGGGCAGUGCGUCGAAUGUUUGUGUUCUACAGGAUGCAACCAGUAAUGGUAACGCGGGACCCGAAACAUUUGAAGAACAAAGUACGGUGGCGGAAGCAGAUUCCAACGAAACGCAAGGCACACGUGUUGAGCUGGAAGAACUUCCAGCGGUAAAAAUUGAACCACCGGAAGUGUAUCAAAUUGUAGACGCGAUCCGUAAUAGCACCCAGCUCAGUCACGAAUUCUCUUGCGUUGCACUGCGCGUCAUGCUGAGCGAGCUGGAAGCACUUCUACCAGCACCCGUUGUUCAGCACUAUCUUGAACCGAUUGCACUGCAUUUAGCGUCGCCGCUCGACGUGACCGAUGCCCUGCUCAGCCAAACGCACGACGCCCACCGGCUGCGCGUGAUCUUUGCCGAGUUGUCUGACUGUAAGAACGACUCGGAGCAGCGCACGUGGAUGCUGCACGAAGACGAAGCCGACAUCAGCCAGUAUCUGACCGAGUUAAUACGCAUAUUGAACGAUGCAGAUCCCAAAAUAUGUCGCAGCGAGAUGGCGUGCGAUCAUUACCAAGGCAUCAUUAACCUCGUACUUUACUACCAGAUGGAGACACGCUGGUCGAUCCGAAAGUUGCUGUUGAAGGCAUUUAGGGCGAUGUGUCACCUUGACUACACUACCGUCGACAUAUUGCUGGGUUCGGUUUUGCCACUCGAGCUCGUGCAGGACAUGGUAUCGAAUGCGCGCAACAUCGAAAAACUGCAGGAGCUGGCGAACAUGCUCAUUAUCAUCUUUUCGAUUGGCCGCCGGAUGACUAUCAAUCAACAAGAUCACUUACGGGCGGAUUUUGUCAUCUUUUUGCUGAAUCUCAUCGAAACGCCUCCCGAGUGCGACACGCAUGAGGUUUUACCAGACACUAUGAUUAACCUAAUUCUAUCAUUCAAUCUGCAAUUCGAUAACUUCGCUGACAACGUGGUGCUGGAGGCGGUGGAACAGUUUAAAACGGCCAAAACCUUUACCGAGAAAAUACUGCUGCUCAUCAAUCGUGAAGAGGAUCCCGUACACACGCUUAGGCACACACCGGUGAACAUAAAUCCCGUGUUGAAAAUGCUUGUCGAUCUCUUCAGCCGUCCUGAAACGGCUUCUAUUUUCUACACGAACGAUAACAAGGUGUUGAUAGACAUCUUAGUCCGCCAACUGUCGGAUCUGUCGGCUGGAGAGCCAAUACGCAAAUGGUACCUCGAACUGUGCAGGAAGAUAUUACGCAACACCAACUACCCGGAGCAUCAGCACCGAAAGCAGGAUCUAAUGAAAAUCUUCACACGCAUUUUUUGCGAGGAAACGGAGUGCAGCGCUAGCGAUCAACAGAUUGUGCGCGAAAUAGCGAACGCAUUUCCGCAAAUCUUCAAGGCGUGAACAAACCGAUUGAAGUUCUUCGAAGGGGUUCUACGUUAAAAUAUUAUAUCUAGUCCAAUGGCGCUUCUAUGCGCUGAAGAUAAAAGGGAAGAACAGAUUGAGAGAAAGAGAUAAGAUUGUUGCGAUGCACACAAACUUUGCCAGGUGAUGAACGCUUGGACAUGAGUCAUGUUAACAUUUUUGAAUGUUCUGUUUCUCCAUUUCUCUUGUUAACUCUCAAUCGAUGCGUUAGUGUUAACACCUAAUCGUUUACAUGUUUAACGAAACGAGCUGAAAAGAUACAUGGUAUUGAAUAAACAAUGGAAAGUGUUAAGCCCAUGGUUUGCGGUAUAAAGGCUAGAAUCAAUGCAAUAUAAGAUAGCGGCAGUGAUUGGAAGUAAGCAAACCUAUAUGUGCAUAAAGAAUACGAGCAUUUAUGAACGAAGACAAAGGUGUUCAGCGGUCGAGUGUUAAGUAGUGUAGAAUAAUCAUGGAAAUAUUCGUACAAUUUUCGAGGGAACUUUCCCCAGAGGCCAACCAAAGCAAACCAGUCGUCGAUAGCCGUUGCCAAGCUCUUGGCGAACCACACAUGUUAUAUCGUUGCAUUCAAGGCCACUAACACAAAACGAAACAUUGUUAGAAACAGUGAAACAAAACAUUAUUACAUUUUAACCGUAGUGGUGCAUAUUUGCAGUUUUUAUUCUUCGUUGAGCUUCCAUUUUCCCUUUACAACCUACAACUGAUAGCAUUGUUUGCAUUACUUUUUUCUGAUUGACCGUUUAUCUUUCAUCCGGCACGAGUUUCCCACGGUUCUCGAUGCAUAACUUUUGAGCAAACGAAUAAACCGAAUAGUCAGAAUUCAUUUAAUCAAUAGAUAGAAAAGGGAAGCUAAUAUAUUAUACUACAAGUCACCGCUACUGGUGAGGAACGAUUAGUAAAAUCCGAUGUAGCCUCGACGAUGGUACUAAUUUUAAAACAAAAGCGAAUAAUAGGUGACGAAAGGUGGACCGCCAAUGUGCGUAGUAGAGAAUAAUGAAUCAUUAUGCAUUAUGCGGGCCAAAACUAACUGCUUACGUCCGGUUGCACGAAAAAGGCUAAAUAUUUUAAAAAUUUGUCAUUGCGUUUGCAAAGCAAUUACGUUUUCAAAGCCCCAUUUGAGAUACGUUGAACAAAGCUGGCCCCACAGAGCAGGUCAUUCGUUUGUUGUAACGAAUAAGAAGUCUUCAGCAGUAAGCAUUUUGUGCUUAGAGUAAGUGCAAUACAACGCUCCAGACAUUACGCUCGGAGCACUUAAGUUUGCGAACGCGUAUCAAAUUAUAGUGACUCAACGAGCGUGACUCAUUGGAAGCACCAGCUACACUAGCUGUUUUAGUCGUAUGUUACACCAUGAUUUCCAAACAUUUCAAUCAACCUCAAACCGAUCUCAUUAGCCCUUGAAUCUCUCUCAGCUUUCUCAGAAACCUCCCCACCUCCCCUUUCCACCAAAACCUGCCUCCAUCUUCAUUCCGUAAGUUUCGUUUGCAUAGUCUUCCGGCUUACAGCUGAGUCUAGUUAAUGUUACUGUAGCGAAAAGUUGUUUUUAAAAGAAUAAGCAGACUUGUCAAACGUUUUUAUCAUCAUAAUUUUUAAUACCAAACCAAGCAACCAAAGUUUACAAAGCAUGCAAGUCGGAUAUUUUGCCAAACCAACGAUGCCAAAACCAGGCCAAGCAGGCCUCGAUGCCUAGGAAGUUACAAACGGAAGGCAACGCAAGCUGGC